GGAGAUCCAGGAGGAGGACCAGGAGUCUGGGUUCUUUUUUUAUAAUUUAGUUUUAAUGUGUUCAUUUAUUUAUUUAUAUAUCUCCCUCCGCGUGAUGCAUCAGCACGGAGCGCGUUGAGCGCGGCGGCGGCGGGUGAAUGGAGCCGAGCGAAGCGCACGAGAAUGAGAGCGGCGCGUCCGCGAUGUGGAGACAGUUCCAGGCCAGAGCCAAGCCGCUGCUCAGCCCGAAGCUGGGCUCCGGGGACCCGGAGGAGAAGAGGGACCGAGGCGGAUGGAUGUUCAAGAAGAUGAGACGGAAGGAAGACGCCGUCCUGGACCGGGUGAUCUCCUCCUCGCAGCCCGACCUGCUCUACUCCGCUCCGGCGGCGGCGGCGGCGGCUCAGCUCUGCGGCAAAGCGGCGGCCGGUGGCUCCGGGCUCGGCCUGGAGAAGCCGACGUCCCCCAGCCUGAAUAAGUCCACAUUGGCUCACCUGGUGCAGUCCCACCACAAGAGCUCCUCUCUCGGGUCGGCGUGCCUGGAGAAGCUGGCCGAGCCACCGGGCGGCGGGGGCGGCAUCAGCGGCAGCAGCGGAGGAAGCGGCGGUAGCGGCGAGGCGGAGACACAGAUGGAGAGUCGGGAUGAGCCGGGCAUGGCGGCCCCGGGCUCCUCGGGGGUCGAUCCGGCCGUCCCCAGCUCGGCGAUGUACAAGCUGGAGGUCGAGCUGAAGAGAGGAAACAACCUGGCCGUCAGAGACAGAGGAGGCAGCAGCGAUCCGUACGUGAAGUUCAAGAUGGCUGGAAAAGAAGUUUUCAGAAGCAAAACCAUCAACAAAAACCUGAACCCGGUGUGGGAGGAGAAGACCACCCUGAUAAUGGACUGUCUGAGCGACCCUCUGUAUGUGAAGGUGUUCGACUACGACUUCGGCUUCCAGGAUGACUUCAUGGGUUCGGCUCACCUUUACCUGGAGUCUCUGGAGCAGCAGAGGACGAUACCUGUCACUCUGGAGCUGAAGGACCCGAAUCACCCGGAUCAGGUCCUGGGCUCCCUGGACCUGGCCGUCACCCUGACGCCUAAAGACAGUCCUGUGGAGGAGCGGCGAGACUCCCCGACAAUGCUGCUCAGGAGGUCCUGGAAACGAUCCACUAAGCAGCAGCGUCUCUCAGAGCUUCAUCGUAAAUCGCAGCUCUGGCGAGGCAUCGUCAGCAUCUCGCUGAUCCAAGGCCGGAACCUGACCCCCAUGGACCCCAACGGCCUGAGCGACCCGUACGUAAAGUUCAAACUGGGAACCCAGAAGUACCGGAGCAAGACGAUGCCAAAGACCCUGAACCCCCAGUGGAGGCAGCAGUUUGACCUCAACUUGUACGAAGAGACCGGCGGAGUGCUGGAGAUCUCCGUGUGGGACAAAGACACCGGCAAGAGAGACGACCUCAUCGGACGAUGCCAGUUGGACCUCUCCACUCUGUCCAAGGAGCAAACCCACCACCUGGACCUGGCCCUGGAGGAGUCCCGGGGCUACGUGGUGCUGCUGGUCACGCUGACGGCCUCGGCUCACGUCUCCAUCGCCGACCUGUCCGUCACGCCGCUGGACGACCCGCAGGAGCGCCGUGAAAUACUCGCACGCUACAGCGCCUGGAGGUCGUUCUCCAACCUCAAGGACGUCGGCAUCGUCCAGGUGAAGGUGAUGAGAGCCGAAGGACUCAUGGCGGCCGACGUGACGGGUAAGAGUGACCCGUUCUGUGUGCUGGAGCUGAACAACGACCGGCUCCAGACUCACACGGUUUACAAGAACCUGAACCCGGAGUGGAACAAAGUCUUCACCUUCAACGUGAAAGACAUGUUCUCCGUGUUGGCGGUGACGGUGUUCGAUGAGGACCGAGACCGGAACGCUGACUUCCUGGGGAAAGUGGCCAUCCCCUUAUUAUCUGUCCGAAACGGUGAGCAGAAGAGUUACAUGUUAAAAAACAAAGAGCUGACGCGACGAAGCAAAGGAGCCAUUUACCUGGAGGUCGAGGUGCUGUACAACACUGUAAAAGCUGCUCUGAAGACUGCCGUCCCUGCAGAGCAGAAAUACAUCGAGGACGAACCCAAAGUCUCCAAGCAGUUGCUGCAGCAGAACUUCAACCGUGUGAAGAGGUGCAUCAUGGUCCUGAUCAGCUACGGGGCGUAUAUCAACAGCUGCUUCGAGUGGGAGUCUACACAGAGGAGCAUCAUAUCCUUUGUGCUGUUCGUCGUGGUCGUGUGGAACCUGGAGCUCUACAUGCUGCCGAUGGCUCUGCUGCUGCUGCUGGUCUGGAACUACUUCUUCUCCUCCGGCAGGGAAUCGUCCGACACGUCCAUGGAGGCCAUGUUCGAGUGGGAGGUCGAGGAGGACGACAAGGAGGACAAGGUGGACAAGAUGGACAAGGUGGACAAGGAGGCGGAGCCAAAGGGCUUCAUGGACAAGCUGUACGCCGUCCAGGAGGUGUUAGUCAGCGUCCAGAGCGCCCUGGGCGAGGUGGCGUCGCACGCAGAGAGGAUCAAGAACUCCGUUAACUGGACCGUGCCUUUCCUGAGCUGGUUGGCGAUGGCCGCCAUGUGCGUGGCCACAGUUGUCCUGUACCUCGUCCCUCUUCGGUACCUGGUGCUGGCGUGGGGCGUGAACAAGUUCACCAAGAAGCUUCGGGAUCCGUACCGGAUCGACAACAACGAGCUGCUGGACUUCCUGUCUAGAGUCCCGUCUGAUGUUCAAGUGAUGCAGUACCGCGGGCUGAAGGUCGCUCCCGGUCCGAGUCCCAACAAGCGCAGGAAGCCUCCUCCGAGUUAGCCGCCGCUCGCCUGUUAAACUACAUUAUUUUAUAUAUUUCUCGUAUAUUUUCAAGUUGCAUCCAUGAGUUGUUUUUAUUGGUGGUUUUAUUCGUCGGUUUUAUGGUUGUGGAAACUUUUAUUUUUUCUAAAUCUUCUUUAAAAAAAAAAUGCUAAUGACAACUCGUGGAUUUUGGUUCAUUUUGCACACAAUUUGUUUUCAAUUUGGGGGAAAAAACCCUUUAAUGUGUUUAUGCUUCAGUUCCUUUGUCAGUGAAUAUGUUUAUGACACCUGAGUCUCCUCCUGAGAGCCUGAAAUAGUCUCCAAAUGACCUUCAUUGGAAAACGCCUAAACAACCUUAAUACAACAUCUAUUUACUUUGGGGACGUCUGGAGGCGUUCUACGUGAAUUUUACAGGAACGCUAAGAGGUUAAUGUUUAUUUUUAUUUAUUGUAAAAACAUACAGAAUGAACAUGAACUAAUAAGAAUAAUAUAUAUUAUGAACGUGAUGCAUGGAGCUUAUUUUAUUUCCUCCUGUGUGUGUGUGUGUGUGUCGUUCCUCUGAAGAUUUGCAUGUUAUUGCUGUUAUCACCAUAUGUGAUGUUAUGAUAACUGAUGAAUAUCCACAGCAUGUUGAAUAAUAACUGUUCCUUUAUUUGCAUGAAACAAAUAAAGUGCAUUUUAGUCCGUGUGGGUGAAAAAUAAAUGAAUAAACUACG